AUGAGCACCAUCGUCGAAUUGUCACUCCCAAACGGGCACAAAUACGAGCAACCUGUCGGCUUGUUCAUCGACAAUCAAUUUGUCAAAUCGAGCAGCGGCAAAACCUUUGAGACCAUCGAUCCCAGUACCGAGGAAAAGAUCGUGGACCUAUAUGAAGCUGAUGCGGACGACGUCGACAUUGCGGUCAAGGCGGCUCGAGCGGCAUUCGAGGGUGAGUGGUCGCAGUAUGCGGCAGAAAAGAGAGGCAUGAUUAUGAGCGAGUUCGUAAGAUUGGUUGAAGAAAUCCGGCCUACCUUGGCAGCCGUCGAGUCUUGGGAUAGUGGCAAGCCUUAUUCCAAAACUCUGUACGGCGAUGUCUCAGAACUCGUCGGCACGUUUCGCUACUACGCAGGCUGGGCGGACAAAGUGUUCGGUCGUACUAUUGAGACAGACAAAAACAAGCUUGCCUACACAAUGCAUCAGCCCAUUGGUGUUUGUGGGCAGAUCAUCCCCUGGAACUUUCCCCUCUCGAUGUGGGCAUGGAAAGUAGCACCUGCCGUUGCUACAGGUUGCACAGUUGUCAUUAAGACCGCGGAGCAGACGCCGCUGUCUGCAUUGUUCCUUGGUCCGUUGAUCAAGAAAGCUGGGUUUCCUCCUGGCGUCAUCAAUAUCAUUUCUGGCUUCGGCAAGACGGCCGGAGCAGCGCUCGCUUCACAUCUUGACGUAGACAAGAUUGCCUUUACUGGCUCGACAGCCACCGGAAGAAACAUCAUGAAAAUGGCGUCUGUCAACUUGAAGGCCAUUACACUUGAGUGCGGUGGUAAAUCCCCGUUGAUUGUGUGCGCCGAUGCCAACAUCGACAAGGCUGUCCAGGCUGGACACUCUGGGAUCAUGUAUAAUGCCGGUCAGGUCUGCACAGCUACUUCUCGUAUUUUUGUGCAUGAGGACGUGUACGACAAGUACGUUGAUGGGUUCAAGCAGCGCAUUAAGGAUGUCUCAAAGGUCGGUCAUCCCUUUGAAAAAGCAACGUCUCAGGGUCCACAAGUCAGCAAGACUCAACGAGAGCGAGUGCUCGGCUUUAUUGAGGAGGGAAAGAAAGCUGGUGCCAAGGUGGCUGCUGGCGGGAACUCCACCGGUGACAAAGGCUACUACAUCGAGCCCACAGUCUUCACCGAUGCCGAGGACGCAUCGACUAUCAUGCAGGACGAGAUCUUCGGUCCGGUAGCGUCUAUUGCGAAGUUUAGCGACUAUGACGACGCCGUUCGAAGGGCCAAUAACACUUCGUAUGGCCUCGCAGCAGCCGUUUUCACACAAAACAUCACGCGUGGUCACCGUAUUGCUGAGAAAUUACAAGUCGGCAUGGUAUGGAUCAACAGCAAUCAAGACAGUCACUACGGUAUCCCCUUCGGAGGCUGGAAGAGCAGUGGAAUCGGCCGGGAGCUGGGUGAGUAUGGCUUGAACAAUUACACCAACGUUAAAGCCGUGCAUGUCAACCUGGAGGAGUAG